CCGCGCCUCAAACUAAACAACCCGAUCGUUUCACAAAUCACAAUACCGGUAAACAACCCAUUAGAUACUCCCAAAACCACCACAAUUUUUAGUUCGCUCAAGGAGAAUGGAGGGAAAGCGUCCAGGUUACUCGCACUGUGAAGUAUUGCGAAGGCUGAAAGAGGUAACUCGAUCUAUUGUUGAAGAUCUCGCGAAAAAUCGCUCGCCAAUCAUUUACAUCGAUCGGUUCAGAAAUUACUGCACAGAUGAUUCGGGAAACUGUUAUUGCAUCUCUGGUUUGUCCAAUGGGAAGGAAGUCAUUACACUGAAGAGGGAAUGUCAUGCGCGUAGGCUAGAUGUUUUUUUAAGAGUGCUACUAAUCAUUCAGCAACUUUUGCAAGAAAACCGGCAUGGUUCAAAAAGAGACAUCUAUUACAUGCACCCUUCUGUUUUUAAAGAUCAAGCAACCGUUGACCGAGCAAUUAAUGAUAUAUGCAUACUUUUGCAAUGCAGUCGACAUAACCUGAAUGUGGUUUCAGUUGGGAAUGGUUUAGUGAUGGGCUGGCUACAAUUUGUGGAAGCUGGGAGAAAAUUUGACUGUAUUAACAGUCCAAACACAGCACAUCCCAUUCCUGUUCAUGUAGAAGAGGUUGAAAGUAUUAUAAGUGUUGCACAGUACAUUUUAGUUGUGGAAAAGGAAUCAGUAUUCCAACGACUAGCAAAUGAUCAGUUCUGCAAAAGAAAUCAUUGCAUUGUCAUUUCAGGAAGAGGUUAUCCGGAUGUUCCCACUAGGAGAUUCCUGAGGUUGCUUACUGAGAAGUUGUGCCUGCCAACAUAUUGCCUAGUAGAUUGUGAUCCUUAUGGCUUUGACAUCUUGGCAACAUACAAAUUUGGCUCCAUGCAAAUGGCCCAUGAUGCGAAUUUUCUGCGGAUCCCUGAGAUAAGGUGGCUUGGAGCCUUUCCUCUAGAUUGUGAUAGCUACUGUAUUCCACAACAAUGUCUUCUGCCCUUGACAGAAGAAGAUAAGAAGAGAGUUCAAACAAUGUUACUAAGAUGCUACUUGCAAAGAGAAGUGCCUAAAUGGAGAAUUGAAUUAGAGCUGCUGCUACAGAAAGGAGUCAAAUUUGAGCUUGAAGCGUUGUCUGCCUGCUCACUUUCAUUUUUGACAGAUGUUUAUUUACCAUCUAAUAUUCAAGGCGGAAGGUAUAUAUGAAACAUAUUUACCAUUCUUCUAGGCUCCCCUUGUAUUCUUUAUGUUUUACUGGGCUAAUUCGUUUAUGGAAAAUCCGAUAUUGAUAGUUCAAACGUGUGCUAGUUUUGGUUGUGGCAACAACAGGA